UGCCCCCUCAGCUCGGCUGCCACUACAAUGUGAACCCUGCUUCUCCAGGUCGGGACUGGAGUUUUAAAAUAAAAUGGAUGAUUUGACGUUACUUGAUCUCUUGGAGUGCCCUGUGUGCUUUGAAAAGCUCGAUGUCACAGCCAAAGUACUCCCCUGCCAGCACACCUUCUGCAAACCAUGUCUACAGAGGAUUUUCAAGGCCCACAAGGAGCUGCGGUGCCCGGAAUGCAGGACCCUGGUGUUCUGCAGCAUCGAGGCUCUGCCAGCCAACCUGUUGCUGGUGCGUCUGCUGGAUGGUGUGCGCUCUGGGCAGAACUCCUGGAAACGGGGCUCCUUUCGCAGGCCUCGAAUACUGACCUUGCAGGACAGCAGGAAAAGCAAGACCAGCCCCGGGAGUCUACAAGCCAGCCCUUUCCGGCUGGCGCCCAGUGUCAGGAUCCACAUGGAUGGGGUGCCUCGAGCCAAGGCCUUGUGUAACUACAGAGGGAAGAAUCCUGGUGACCUGAAGUUCAAUAAAGGAGAUGUCAUCCUCCUCCGGAGACAGCUUGAUGAGAACUGGUACCAGGGGGAGAUCAAUGGAGUCAGUGGGAUCUUCCCAGCUAGCUCCGUGGCUGUCAUCAAGCAGCUGCCCCAGCCGCCACCACUCUGCAGGGCCCUCUACAACUUUGACCUUCGAGACAAGGAUAAGAGCGAGAACCAGGACUGCCUAACCUUCCUCAAGGAUGACAUCAUCACAGUGAUCAGUCGAGUGGAUGAGAACUGGGCAGAAGGGAAGCUAGGAGACAGAGUGGGCAUCUUCCCCAUCCUGUUUGUAGAGCCAAACCUCGCGGCAAGACACCUCCUAGAGAGGAACAAAGGGCAUCAGUUAUCACGCACGAAAAACCUGUCCCUGAUGUCCUCACCACCCAAAGGCAAAGCAACCAACACAUCCACCCUCCGAAAGAACCCUGGGUCCAGGAGGAAGGGGUCUGGGCAGUUCUCCAUCACAACAGCUUUGAACACACUCAACCGCAUGGUCCAUUCUCCUGAAGGUCACCACAUGGUGGAAAUCAGCACCCCAGUGCUCAUCAGCUCUACCAGCCCCUCUGUGUUUUCUCAGCAUGGUGACAAGGCAGACUUCCCUGCCAACUCUGCAGGACAGGUCAGCACUCCUCACCCUGCACCUGCCUCCCCAGGACAUUCCACAGCCGUGGUCAGGGUGCCCAGCUCCCAGCAACACCUCUCAGCUAACAUGUUUGUAGCUCUGCACUCCUACUCAGCCCACGGACCCGAUGAGCUGGACCUGCAGAAGGGAGAAGGCAUCAAGGUGCUGGGGAAGUACCAAGAUGGCUGGCUGAGGGGUCUCUCCUUAGUCACGGGGCGAGCUGGCAUCUUCCCAAGCGACUACGUCAUCCCCGUUUUCAGUUCAACAGCUAGAAAGACGUCUGGUUUUCCAGAUUCCCGGAGUCCCACUGUCUACACCACAUGGGCGUUACCCACCUCCUCUGUGUCCUCCCAAGGUAGUUUUUCAGAGGGUGAUCCCCGGCAAAGCAGACCCUUCAAAUCUGUCUUUGUGCCUACUGCCGCGGUUAACCCUGCAGGGAGCACACCUGGCCCAGGGACUUCGGGACAAGGGUCUCUUCGGAAAGGACGGAGCAGCAUGAGAAAGAGUAAGUUGUGGUACAGAGAUGGAUCCUUGCAGAGACCGGUCCAGACAGGGAUCCCCACUUUCAUGGUGGGGUCCCUCAGGCGCAGUCCCACCAUGGUGAUUCGGCCUCAGAAGUUCCAGUUCUACCAGCCACAGGGCAUGGCGUCUUCCCCAACACCCAUGACAGUAGAGAUGGGGUCUAAACCCAUUUCCACUGGGGAGCCUGCCCUGACCUGCCUCAGCAGAGGCAGCAAAACCAGGAUCCACUCAGCAGCCAGUUCCCUAAUCAUGGAAGGCAAAGAAAUACCCAUCAAGAGUGAGCCACCACCCAAGCCACCUGCGUCUGCUCCACCCUCGAUCCUAGUGAAACCAGAAAACUCAAAAAAUGGCGUCGAAAAGCAAGUCAAAACCGUGAGAUUCCAGAAUUACAGCCCUCCUCCCUCCAAACACAAUGCCUCUCAUGCCACCUCUGGGAAGCAGGAACAGCCAGUCACCGUGAAGGGGCCCCAGCCUGAAGCAGUUCCCUCAGGAGCAGAGAUGACCAUCCUAUUUGCUCACCGAAGUGGCUGCCACUCUGGACAACAGACAGACCUUCGGAGAAAGUCAGCUUUUGGCAAGACCACGCCCCCACUGUCCACUGCUUCAGCCACACAGACCUUAUUUACCAGCAAAUGAUUCUUUGGGUGGCUUUUCUUAGACACAAAAGAGGUGAAUUGCAUGUAAAUACAGUCUGCCUCCACCACA